AUGAUUCACUUACAAACACCAAAGAAAUCAACUUUAUUCCCACAACAGUCCAAUCAAUCGUACUCCUCUACAAGAGAUUCAGCAUUGGACAGAAACCACAACACUUCUAUCUCAAGCACAACCGAGACAGCUGGUGUUACAACUUCGGGCACCAGUGUUUCUGGCGCUAAAUUUAGCUUACCUCCAUUAUCGUCAAUUUUAUCAUCAGCUAAAUCCAAUCAUUACAAGGAUCAUCCAUUAACUAACAUCACCAACACGGCAAGCACCAAUAACAGCUAUUUGUUUGCUCAAACGCCAUGCAAAAAAUUACCAUCCUUUGAUUCAUUUACUAGUACACCAUUGGCUACUGCUACUACCCCGUACAUCUACCAACAAUCACUACCACAACCACAACGACAACAAGAAGCACCGCAAUUCCAGCCACAGCCACAGCCACAGCCACAGCCACAGCCACAGCCCCAACUCCUCCACCAGUCUUCUUUACAACAUCAAUAUCCAGCUCCUAGGUCAGCGUCAAGUUCGCUUCCACGCCCAUCUCCUCCACCAAUUUCAUCGCAGCCACAGCACUAUCACUCUUAUAUAACUUACCAACCGGUAACAACAGCAUCAACAACCACGACCCAUUCAAAUGUGUCAUCAUCAACUCCUACACCGCCGCCUUCCGCAUCAACCUCGCUGGUGAUGUCCUCAAGAAAAAGAUCCAACUCAAUCGUUGAUGAAGAUACAUCCUUGAUGGAUACAAGUAUCUUGGAAUUGCGCAAAUCAAAAACAAAAACAAAACCAAAAGUGAGGUCAAUUUCGACAUCGCCAUCCACGACUACAUCGUCUUUGCCUACACCUACUAGCACUGCGGGCUCAUCUGAAAAAUUGUAUGCAUUCAUAUCCCAUUCGCCAGCCACUUUCCCUUCUCAAGAGCCAAAUAUUGAUAAUGCACCUUUAGCAAGAAGGAAAAGAAGAAGAACAUCACUCCAUGAAUUAAACAUACUAAACAAAGAAUUUGAGCUUGGUUCCACCCCAAACAAAGCAAGACGAAUUGAAAUUGCUAAAGUGGUUAACAUGACUGAGAAAGCAGUACAGAUUUGGUUCCAAAACAAACGUCAAGCAUUGCGUAAACAAAGCAAUGUCGAAAAAGAGAUUUUGGAGUUGCCACCAACAAACGUACCUAUUCAUCAACAACAUGAACAACAAUUGCAACAAAAGGGUCAGCUUGCCUCAGUAGCAGUGCCAAUAAGCAAUCCACUCGAACCAUCACCAUCCCAAGAGCAAGCACCAAUCAUUUCAUCUACCCCCACAAAAUCAAUCAAGUCAAACUUGUCCAUUAUCAUGCAGUAA